AUGUGCAGAUCCGUGUGUCUCCUCGCGCUCCUUGUUGUAGUCAGCCCAACUGCUGAAGCGUUGGACAAUGGUCUGGCACUGAAACCCACAAUGGGCUGGCUGCACUGGGAGAGAUUCAUGUGUAACGUCGACUGUGACAAGGACCCCAAUAACUGCAUCAGUGAGCGUCUGUACAUGCAGAUGGCAGAUGUGAUGGUGAAGGAGGGCUGGAAAGAGGCUGGUUACGAGUACGUCUGCAUCGAUGACUGCUGGCCCUCCCACCAGCGCGAUGCCAAGGGCCGCCUGCAGGCAGACCCCAAAAGAUUCCCGGGGGGCAUAAAGAAACUGGCCGACUAUGUCCAUUCUAAGGGGCUGAAGCUGGGUAUCUAUGCAGAUGUGGGAAAGAAUACCUGUGCUGGAUACCCUGGUAGUCUGGGUUACUAUGAGACAGAUGCUCAGACGUUUGCUGAUUGGGAUGUGGAUCUGCUCAAAUUUGAUGGUUGUUAUAUGGACUGGCACUUGGUGGGAGAAGGCUACGUCAACAUGUCAAAAGCACUGAACAAAACCGGAAGUAGUAUCCUGUACUCCUGUGAGUGGCCUUUGUAUGAGUGGCCGUUCAAACAGCCCAACUACACAGCCAUCCGUGAGACGUGUAACCACUGGCGCAACUUUGCUGACGUGUACGACUCAUGGAGCUCUGUCAAGUCCAUCUUGGAUUGGACUGCUUCUCAUCAAGACGUUAUUGUCCCCGCAGCGGGACCUGGAGGCUGGAACGACCCCGAUAUGCUGGUGAUUGGGAACUUUGGCCUGAGUCAUGCCCAGCAGGAGUCUCAGAUGGCAUUAUGGGCCAUAAUGGCAGCCCCUUUGCUCAUGUCUAAUGAUCUGAGGGACAUCUGUCCUCGCUCCAAGGAACUGCUGCAGAACAAACACAUUAUUGCCAUUAGCCAGGACCCACUGGGCAAGCAAGGAUACCGCACCGCCAAGGUGGACAAUUUUGAGGUGUGGGAAAGGACUUUGUCCAAGAACCGACUGGCUAUCGCUGUGCUGAACCAGCAGCAGAUUGGUGGUCCCCGAGGGUUUGUCAUCAGAGCGGCUCCUGGCUGGAAGAUCUGUAACCCCCAGUGUAACGUCACACAGAUCCUUCCUCAGUACAAGGAACUGGGUGUUCAGACUCCACAAACCGAAAUGGUUAUAUCUGUCAACCCUUCAGGCACUGCUCUACUAACAGUCACUCCCAUCAGCGACAUUACAGGGCAUAAGCUGUACUGGAAGGGCGCCGCUGUCAAACGCGAGCGAAACACUAGUUUGUAGCCCUCGGGUGGUUAUACACUUUGUCCACACCAUUUUGAUCAAAGUGGAAAUAGUUGACCUUUUUAACCUUUGAUAUGUUGCUUUUGGUAAAAUGUGCUUUUAAAAUUAAAGGGGGAAAAGUUUUAUAGUCUAGUUCGCUUGAAUAAGCCUGUAUACUAUGAUGAUUACAGUAUACCUGCAACUUUAUAUCAUGUUAAAUAAAAUCAUUGGGAAACAGAACACUUGCUGUGAAUUGUCCAGACCUGGCUGCUAAUGAGCUUAAAUUAUCUUAAGAGACCAGUUUGAUUUGACAAGUAUAUUAAAACAGGAGGUGAAGGAAUGGGCCAAAGUAUGUUUUAAUACAUUUAUUGAAAACUGUGACAACUCCUCCAGAAGACUAGCCCACAAUUUAGAACUGGAUGACCUGGCCCUGUAA